AUGAGUGAACAUAACUCUACUGUUUACAAUGCAAUCACUGGAUCGAGCUUUACUACCAAUUUGCGCUUUUUUCUUACCAUCGAUGACUUCAAACGGUGUGUAACUCAGCACUUAAUGAUUCCGCCAGACCAAACGUUCAUUCUGCUGCCCUAUGGUGCAAAACUGAACAAAGACACAUUUGCGAACUGUCUCAGAGACACGAACCCUAUGGAUUUCUACGUUUUCGAUCGUCGACUUUUCUCAUUUGCGCAGGAUCCCAAUUCUUCGGUGUUAUCGCCAGAAGUGCCCGAAAUUGAGGAUUUAUUGAAUACGGUCACACAGAAUCGUCAAGCGACGUUGAUCAAGCCAGUACCGUCUCCACUAUUGGAAGCCAAUUUCUCCAACUCUGACUUUGACUCCCGCAAGGCUACCACAAUUUUAACAACCAACAUGGGGUGGCUAAGUGCUUUGGAGAUCGAUGCCCACUAUUUCCAUUCCAUCGUUCGAAAUACCAUGGCAGAAAUUCGCGUAAUUUUCCAAUGCUUUUCCAUAUGCUCACAGUAUCUCAAAGUGUAUUGUUUUGAAAUCGAAAAGCUAUACAACUCAAAUGUCGAAUAUCUCGACCAGCUCACCAAAGAAAGCAACGCCUCUCAAUGGCGAAAAGUCUACGAUGGCUUGCUUAAAAACAUAAACACUGUUAAUGGUGAAAAGGAGAAACAUUUGAGCGAUUUUCUUCGAAGAAGCGAGCUCGAAAAUAAUUUCAAUGAGUUAGUGGACGUCAAUAAUAGUAUAACCACGCGUCUACGACAGGUGAAGUCUCAAAUCGAUGAAAAUUAUGGAAAUCGCCAAGCCAUUUCCUUGAAAGUCGAAGCUCUGAAGCCUACGUUCGACCAGUCUCCAUCUAAGUACGAAAUGGAAGAUACCAUGAUGAGCAGGUUUGAAGAAAUGAUUACAGAAACCAGGAAAAAUACUCGUGAAGUUUUGGCAUUGAGUUCGGCAGAGUUAAGUCCAGCACUGCUAUCAGACCUUCAUCAAAAAGUUUCUGACGACAGAAUUUCCACCGUGCCAAAUCUCUUCACUAUUGCACAGUCAUUAUUUCUGCAGGCAGAGAAGUCGCUAGAUGAUAAAAAACGACUUCAAGAGCAGAUAAUCCUACUUUUGAGUCAAACCGCUUUCGUCCAGGUUCAGAUUCUGGACGUAAAAACUAUUCUGGUGAGGGAAUGCAAUCAACAGCUUGAAACCUUACAAAAUUGUGAAUUGCGACUUUCUCAGGUUGACGAUAUGCCCGCACUCUAUGGCCUGCAUUUAAUAGAAAAGUUGAGAAGAAGGAAGUGGCUCACUGAGGUGAAAACCUUGGGUUUGAGGAUGUCCGAUGAGUUGCGAACAAUAGGCGAUUUAGAGCAGAAACACCGAGAAAAAUGGGGCCAAACUUUUGGUCAGUUGAAAACAAUCUUUGACGAAACAGAUGAUGAUCUUAUUCGAUUUCGCAAAUACCAAACACUCCGAAUUGACAAUCUUCAAACUUCUGAGGAAAAUGUAAUAACUGUCAACAAAAUUGAGAGCUACUUACUACAACUUUCUGAGAAUGAUGUUUCUGCCGAAAGCUUAGCGCUGCUGCAAAAAAACCUGGAGUCGGCAUUAAAUUUCUCAGUUGUUGCUAAGUCAACCUUACGUGGGAGUACUUCUUUUUCAGGAGAGCAUGCCCAGCAUGAUCGCGACAUUGUACGGCAUUAUCAGCGGAGGAUUAAAAAGCUCGAAUCUUUACUUCACGACGCGAAAUACUCAAAUUUACGCUCUUGGCCUUCAGGCAUACUGAAUAGUGCUUCGCUGCCAGCGUUCGAAAAUAAUGUUGCAGCUGUCAAUGUGAAGAUGUCAAUGCUCCUCGCUGACUCAAAAGAUACAACCCUGUCCAAUUUGCCUAUUGAAGAGUUCGGAGAUGUUGCACAGCUACGAAAAGAACUGGAACAAUGCCGAGGGCAGGUGGAGCAAUUAAAGAAGGAUUCUUUGAAGCUCAAAACACAGGGUGUAGAUUUUGAGGAUGAGCGAAAUGCUUACAGGGAAACAUUUUCAGUCUUGAAUCAGGAAAUUUUUAAGCUGACGUCCGAAAAAGAAAAGAGCGAGGGUGUGGAAUCUGUCAGAGUUGCGGAACUCAAAGACCAGGUUUUGCGUCUAGGCGAACAUAAUAUAUCUUUAAUCAACGAAGUGGCAUCGUUGAAAGAGAAAUGUGAACAUCAGACGAAAGAAUGCGAGGAUCAGGCAAAAGUUCAGGAACAGCUUUCAAAUGAUAAGGUAAGAAUUGAGAAGGAAUAUGAAGAAGCAAAGAUGACUUUGUCAGAGGAAGUGGUUAGACUGCAAAAAGAGGUCGCAUCAUUAAGAGCCCACAACGAGGAGCUCAGUUCCAGUCAAAUUGUGGCGACAACACAAAAGGAAGAGGAAAAGACCAAAGAUCGCGAGCAGUACGUAAGGCUCAAUCACGAUAUGCUCACAAGAAUUUUCGAGCUUUUCGCCGGUGCUGUCUAUAUUCUGGAAAAUAUUGGGUUGCUGCUUUCGAGCACUGAGGAUCUCAACUUCCAAAUAGCGCGUGUCAAAGGUCUUCGAAAAGGAAUGGGCCAAAGCGACAUUUUUGAAAGCGCUGUGGAAUUGAAAGGACCCACGACCAUAAAAAGUGCAGUGUUCCAGGAUGUGAAGAACGUUUUUGAAUCUUCUCAUGAGCUAAAUAAUGUUCAGGUCCAAAACGAUCUUUUGGCAGCUAUAAACAAGCUAUUUGGUAGCAAACUUUACGAAUCUUCUGUUAUCAAACGGUUUAAGGAUAUUGAAGCUCUUGCUAAGAAGCUCACUAAGGAAAAUAAAUUCAAAAGAGGUUUACUAGAGACUUAUCAAAGGGAGAAAAUAACUGUAAAAAGCUUUCAAGUUGGAGACACUGCUUUAUUUCUACCGACAAGAGAUGUUCCUGACUCUGUUUCGUCCUCUGUGUCGUCUCUCGCUUCAUCGUUUUCCUCAGUUGAUUUGUCGACACCUCCUCCCCCGGGUGGCAGCACAAUGCAAAAAGGGGAGCAUAACCAGGGAAAAAGUACCAAAGAUGGAACUAGCAGUACCAAAUUAGUCCCCUGGGCUGCAUUCACGGCAUUCGACGAGUCAACGAGAUACUUUUUGAAGGAUAACAAAAAGUUCACAGCUGAUAGAGAUUGGUUUGUGGGUACAAUUACCUCUGUCGAACGAAUGGUUACCAAAGAGGGGUCUUUUAAUCCCUUUAAGCUGCCAAAGGGAACGGUUUGGGUGCAGGUCACCGCCGAUUUCGUGACAGGCAAAAAUUUUUAA